AUGGCUUCUCUCCACCAGUCCCAGCCUGCCGGCACAAUCCGCGCAACACCCCCUAAUCGCUCUACAACAACAUCGCUGCCAAACCAGCGUCGUCACUCGUCUCAUCUGCAAAACCGCCAACAGCCUGUCUCCCCUGCUGUUCAGAAUCAACGAGUAGCCCAGUUGCUCCAGGCUUUUGGUCGUCCUUCGUCUACUGUAAACAACAACCGCCCCACGAACCAGUUUUACGCUUCUUCGGCCCCUUCGUCAUCUACUGCAUUGAACCAGCAGAACCGUGCUGCUCGACCCCCAGUACCUCUUUUUUCCCAGAGUACAGGUAGCGUCCCGCAACAAACCGCCAGGAUGAUGAACGCUGCAGGUUUGUACCCCUCUGAUGAGAUAUCUACUAGUUCCACAAGCUCACCAUCUUCAUCAGACGUCGAACUCGAAGAGUUCACUGCCUUCGAGGGCGGGGCCCACACGGCCUUUUCCUCACCUGCUGUUGCUUCUGUCUUUGACUUUAGCAGCAGUGCGUCUAGCUCUAUUGCCAACUUGGCGACCAUCUCGCCUCAGGAUCUUCUUGUUCAAGAACCUUUCAUGUCUGCUCCCAACUCGUCGGCCCUCACGGCUUUGACCUCUCCAUCCAUCUACAAUGAGUCUCCGGACUUUGACCAGUAUGAUGUGUCUCCCAACUUUGGCAAUGCCGAUUUCGACACACCUGCUGGAGAUUGGUUUCCUCUGUUCCCUACGGAACCCUCAGCUGUUCCCCAGCUGAGUGUUGAGACCUCUCCUGAGAUGAAGUCUGAUGAGUUGGACUCUGAUGCUCAGUCUCCUCCCAUGCCCCGUCGCAAGUCGGGUACAUCGCCUUCCACUCGCCACUCUUCUGUGGCUGGUGUUAAUGCCCGCAAGCGAGACAAGCCUCUGCCUCCCAUCAUCAUCGAUGACCCUAGUGACAUCAUUGCUAUGAAGCGUGCUCGUAACACUCUUGCCGCACGAAAGUCUCGGGAGCGCAAGGCAAUGAAGAUGGAGGAACUGGAAGACAAGAUUGCCAAGUUGGAAGAAGAGCGUGAUCACUGGAAGAGGAUCGCUCUUGCGCAAUCAGGUGCGCAAUAA